AUGGCCACGAGGGAUCUGGCGGUAGGCGUGAUCAUCUUAUCACAGACCGUGCUGGGAGUCCUGGGCAACUUCUCUCUUCUGUGCCGUUAUGUCCUCCUCCACGCUGCUGGGUGCAAGGCAAGGUGCACGGAUCUCAUCCUCAGGCACCUGACUGUUGCCAACGUCUUGGUCGUUCUCUCUAACGGCGUCCCCCAGACGUUGGCAGCUUUUGGGUUGAGACAUUCUGCCAGUGACUUUAGAUGCAGCCUUCUUUUCUUUGUUCGGAGAGUGGCCAGGAAUGUGUCCAUGGAGAGCACCUGCCUUCUGAGUGUCUUCCAGGUCAUCACGGUCAGCCCCCAGAACUCCAGGUGGGCCGCGCUGAAAGGGAAAGCUCCCAAGUACACCGUCCCCUCCACCACCCUGUGCUGGAUCCUGAACCUAGCGAUGAAUACCAUUUUCCCUUCUGUGCCUGGCGAGGGAAUCGAUGCAAACAUCACGAGGAAAAUGGAUUUAGGGCACAAGCAGCGGGUCCGGCACAUUCACACAAGCAGUGUCUCCGCCAGAUCCUCCGCGGAGUCCAGAGCCACCCAGAGCGUCCUUCUCCUGGUGAGCACCUUCAACACGGCCAGGCUGGCAGAAACCCCUCCUCGCGGCCCCUCCCAGGCACCAUCUUCAAGGGUCACCCUCGGGACAGCAGACAUCGAAAUCUCUGACCUCAUUUGUUCUUCAUACAAAAGGAAUCCUGUAGCAUGA